UCCUCUCCUCUCCUCUCCUCGUCACGAUGAACAUCCACGACCAGCUGCAGUCCAGCCUCAACUCCUCCUACUCGGCGCCGCGUACGGACGACGAUGAGGAGGAGGACAGCCGCGGGGGUGACCACUCGCCCCUGCUGCCCUCCUCGCCCACCCCCGGCCCCCUGGCCAUCCGCCACAGCCCCGAGGACUCCCACUUCCUGGUCUACAUCAUCUUCUUCGUCAUGGGAACGGGCUCCCUGCUGCCCUGGAACUUCUUCAUCACCGCCAAGCACUACUGGCUCUACAAGCUCAGCAACGGCUCGCAUCAGCACCACGACCCCGAGCCGCACUCGGACCUCAGUGACUACUUUGAGAGCUACAUAGCCAUCGCCUCCACCAUCCCCUCUGUACUGUGCCUGGUGCUCAACUACCUCCUCGUCAACAGGUUGUCUGCACAGGUGCGCAUCAUGUCAUCGCUGCUGCUGAUCCUGGCGGUCUUUGUGGUGACCACGGUGAUGGUCAAGGUGGACGUCACGGGCCAUCAGGAGGAGUUCUUCGCCGGGACGCUCGUCAGCGUAGCCAUCGUCAGCGGAGCGUCCAACCUCUUCUCCGGCAGUGUCUUUGGCAUCAGCGGACAUUUCCCAAUGCGCAUCUCUCAGGCACUAAUAUCAGGCCAGGCGAUGGGUGGUACACUGAGUGCGGUGGCGUCGGUGAUUGAUCUGGCAGCAGCAGCAGAUGUGACCGACAGCGCUCUCUUCUACUUCCUCACGGCAGACAUCUUCCUUGUCGUGUGUAUCUUUAUGUACCUCAUGCUGCCAAAACUAGCCUAUGCACGGUACUACAUGGCGUUAGCGGGCGCGAGCGGGCCCUCCAACUCCUGCGACGGCCCAGUGGUGGGCGCCACAGACGGCCAGACCGCGCCCAGCUCCUCCUGCGCCACGCCCGCCGUCUCGGUCCCGCCGCUGCGGCCCAUCCUGCGCAAGACCUGGGUGCUGGGCUUCUCCGUCUUCUACGUCUUCUUCGUCUCCAUCACCAUCUUCCCGGCGGUCUCCUCGGGCGUGCAGUCGGUGAACCACGACUCGGGCAGCCCCUGGACCACCACCUACUUCGUGCCGCUCACCUCCUUCUUCCUCUACAACGUCUCGGACUUCUGCGGUCGGCAGAUGACGGCGUGGCUGCAGGUGCCGGGUCCAACCAGCCGCAUGCUGCCGGCACUGGUGGUGUGCCGCUCGGUGCUGGUGCCCCUCUUCAUGUUCUGCAACUUCCAGCCGCGCUACCACAUGCGCAGGGUGGUGUUCGACCACGACAUGUUCCCCGUGGUGUUCGUGUCGCUGCUGGGCCUCACCAACGGCUACCUGGGCACGCUGCCCAUGAUCUACGGGCCCAAGGUGGUGCCCCGGGAGCUGGCCGAGGCCACCGGUGUGGUCAUGUCCUUCUUCCUGACCCUGGGGCUCGCCGUAGGGUCGGCAUUCUCGGUGCUGCUUGUACACUGCAUUUAAAUGACCUACUUUGACCCAUUUGGGUAGCCUGAUUAUCAAUGUCUUCGAGACCAAGAGAAUAACAAUUAACAUUUCCCAAACGGCAUGGUUGGCCCGCCUCCCUUGGGUAGCUAAUGGUUGUUUGCAUCCCAACAUUGUGGGAGGAGUUCCCGUUUCUCCGGGAGCUCAGAAACGAUAUUUGUAUUGCUCUUGGCCUGACUAGGCACUGCACUGGCCUGACUAAGCUCUUCGCCUGACUAAGCACGGCCUGGCAAGCAUUUGGGAGCCCUUGAGAAGGAUUGGGAGGGCACUCAGUUGCAAAUGGAGGACAAUUGUGCAUUUUAUUUUUUUUAAUACAAUGGGGAUGUUGGCAGGCUUAUGAUGAAGUCAAGGGGGCUUUACUUCCCAAAAAAAGCUGAGAAGCGCUGAUGUAAAUGGAUAUACAUGCAUGACUGUGUACGUCUCAGUACAUUACGUGGCAUUUGAGUGUGUGUGCGUGUGACCGUGUACAUGUGAUUGCACGGCAUCUCAGGGUGUUAUUUGUGCGUGUUUGUGUGUGAAGAGGGGUGAAGAUUCUGGUUUCAACUGCUGGACAGAGGAGGCGAAAAACUUUUGGACUUAUAUUUGGACAUAUUCCAUGAGCUUGGAGUAUCAGCUUACUCUCCCUACACCAGGGGUGCUGAACCCAUAUCUCGAGGGCCAUUUGAGGCCAUCUUCUCCUGACCCCUGACAUAAUUUUAAUCUUACGCAGUUUUGCAUGAAACAUGACGUUUUGUAAACAAAUGUUAGAAAUUGCAUUUGCAAUACAAUUAAGUUAUAUUUCCAGGGGACUUAGUGAAAGUGGGGUCUGUUAUAAAGGUUCCCUCCUUCAAUAUAAUCCUAAAGUACAGGGGGAAAUCCUGGUUUGUGUUCAUCGAACGGCCCUUGGAGGACUUUAUAAAAUGUGAAGUGGUCCCUCGAAUGAAAAAAAAGUUUCCCAGCCCUGCCCUACACAGUCCAUCAUCAAAGGAUGAGCCUUCACUCUAAACAGUCUAUCCACAGCAGAGGGGCGCGCACGCACACACACAGGGUAUCCCUCUUUUUGUAUCUCUCAAAGACCAGACUACACACAGCCAUGUGACAUGGAGAAACACUAGAAUCGCAACAAUGCUUGAAAGAGAUGAUCAUAUCCACAGUAGAAAUGGAGCAAUGUCGAGAUGGAGAGAGAGAGAUAUUGCGCAAGAUUUUUUUUUUUACUCAACUCUACAACUUCUCUUUCCUGAAGGCAUCUACUGUAGUAAUUGUGGUUACACUUUAGAAUAAAUUUCACGUUAGCCACUAAUGCAUCCCCAACUGAUUGUAUGAGUGAUUUACAAGACAUCUGUUUUAGCACAGUCAAUCAUUUGUUAGUUGUGUAGUUUUCAAAGUUGUUGUUCUUUGCCAGAAAGGCAUUUAUUAUUGUUGUUCUAAUCAUAUCUUUCAAAGUCAUUCAUACAGGUAAUUAUUAGGCAUGUAUUAAUAGCUAAUAUGUGAACCUUAUUCGAAAGUGUAACCGUGUUUCUCAUACUGCAGACAUACGGUAUCUGCACAUUUCAGUAGUGACGUAGACAAUGAUCAAUGUCUGUUUGCCCUUUUCAUUGUCUGCUGGAAGUUUUGAAUUGUUUCUGUUUAAUUUAAACAAUUUUUAGUCUGUGCUGUUUUGUUAGAAAUCACAUUGUGGAUGAUUUUUGUAGAAUUUUUAUGAUUGGUUGUAAUGAUGGAUUUUUAUUGGUGUUACAAUGAUGAUGGUUGUCAUUGUUUAACUGCCAUGAUUGAUUGGUGAAGUGUUGCAUUAAAACACUCAGACAUGUGAUUUGCACGA